AGUUGCAGACUGACGGUCAAGUCGGCUGUGCUUACAUAUUGAUUAUAAAUUCUAUAGCUGCCUUUGCCGUCUCCGAAAGGAUUUCAGUUUCAAUAAAAAAAUAAUUAAUAAAUGAUCUUUACUUGUUACAGUGAAAUGAUUUUUUUCAGUGGAGAUUAUCCUGAAUAGGAGAUAAAUUGAACGAGAAUAUAAACAAUUCAACAAUUUUGCUUAAUGAAAGACUGUAAGUCAUAUUCAGUAGCACCACCACUGGCAGAUAUUGCAUUAAGGAAUAUUUGGAAUUUGGACAUGGCAUUAGACGUAAAUACUCGAACUGAAACGGUUGAAUUAUUGAGUCGUGAAGCUGACUGCCUUAAACAUAAACUUGAAGAAGAAAGAAAAAAACUUAAUGAUGUGACAUUGGCAAAUGUUGCGGAACGACUAGAAGAAGUUACAUUUCUUAAUAUAAAACCUAGACGUCUUUUAAAAGGAAACCAAGCUAAAAUGUUAUGUUGUGAUUGGUCUCCAGAUAAACGACAUAUUGUUUCAUCUUCACAGGAUGGUAAAUUACUAAUUUGGGAUGCAUUUACAACUACAAAAGAACAAACUGUUACAAUGCCAACAACUUGGGUAAUGGCAUGUGCCUAUUCACCAUCAGGCAACUUGGUUGCAUGCGGUGGUUUGGAUAACAAAGUAACUGUGUUCAAUAUAUCUAAUCCUGAAGAAGAUCCAUCUGCUAAAAAGAAGACUGUUGGUACACAUACAAAUUUUAUGUCUUGUUGCUUAUUUCCAAAUUCAGAUCAACAGAUUUUGACAGGUAGUGGAGAUGCUACUGCUGCUCUUUGGGAUGUUGAAUCAGGUCAAAUGUUACAAUCUUUUCAUGGCCAUACAGGUGACAUAAUGUCCAUUGAUUUGUCACCAUCAGAAAUUGGCAAUACUUUUAUAUCAGGUAGUUGUGAUAAAAUGUUACUUUUAUGGGACAUGAGAACUGGCCAAAGUGUUCAAUCAUUUGAAGGUCAUCUUUCUGACAUAAAUAGUGUUAAAUAUCAUCCAAGUGGAGAUGCUGUAGCAUCUGGAUCAGACGAUUCUACAUGUCGAAUGUAUGAUCUAAGAGCAGACAAAGAAGUUGCUGUGUAUUCAAAAGAAAGUAUUUUAUUUGGAGUUAAUUCCAUAGAUUUUUCAGUCAGUGGUAGAAUAUUAUUUGGAGGCUAUACAGAUUAUACAAUAAAUGCUUGGGACAGUUUGAAAUGUGAAAGAGUGAGUUUAUUAUAUGGACAUGAAAAUAGAGUUACAAGUAUAAAACUUUCACCUGAUGGAACAGCAUUGGCUUCUGCUAGUUGGGACGCUUCUUUACGUGUAUGGGCAUAAGAUAAGUUAUGAAAAAUUCAAAAUUUUGAAUGUAGAUCUAGUCAGUAAUAAUUUGUUACGUACAAUUAUACGAGUUAAUGUUGACAAGUAAAUAAUAAUAUAAUCAUAGAAUAGUUAAAUAUUUAAAAAAUAAAUUUUUAUUGUAUGUUGUAUAUUAUAUUAUUUUAAAUAUUAAAAUUAUUCUAUUUGGAAUUUUAAAACAAAAUAUACUAAACAUUGAGUUUUA